UGAAAAACGGCUUCAAAAAUGUAUAUUGAUCGGAAUACGCGGGAAGGGUGGCCACUCGCUUGCAGUGGCCACUCGCUUACCGAUUACGUUAAUAAGCCGUGCGUCAUCCAAAUUAGUAAGCGCCUCUCAGUUGCUUAUAAUAGCCUACACCGCCCUUCUGUCCAAACCCGUCCUGUCCUGUCAUGUCCCGUCCCGUCCCGUCCGGGGAACCUGAAGCGAUGAAUUCUCUCGAUAGUCUUUUUGCCAGCCAAUUCAAACCCCGCCUUCAAAGUCAGGUACAGGAAGUCCAGUAUCCUCUUCCCGACGUCCAAGUUAAUAGAGUAGCCUCCUGGGUCGACCUUUUCGCGGAAACCGACCAGUCUUUAAAGAAAAGAUCCUCUUCACGUCGGAGCGUCAGACGCCGCGCACGUCAUUUCGCAAGAAAGGUCUAUGUUAUUUGCCCAGAAUUGUUUGUGCUAUGUUCUUUGUCUUAUACCAUUUCCAACCUCCCUGCAAUAGCUUCUAUUACAUUCUACAGCGAACUUGAGGACUGGUGGGCCUCAACAUCUCCUCCAGAAUCACUUUACAAGAUUACCAAUGCCACCUGCCAGAGUGUUCCACGGGAUACAGAAAACAGCAGAAACUCCACAGAAGCUCCUCCUGGGCCAUCGGAAUUGAGAAACUCACAAGAGUGCCACAGUUCUCCCGGAGAAAGGCCAAAUGUAGUGGGCAGGGAUUCCAUGUGGCACAACCAUAAUGUAGCUAUUUUAUACUCGGAUCCAGGACAUGAUCGAUACAAAUCAAGUAGAUAUGAACAGGCAUCUUCAAAUGAAAUAAAUGACUACCUUAAUGAGGAGCCCAAUGAGCGGCUGCCAAAGUGCCCGCGAUUAGAAUCGCAAGUUUUAGGGCAUCCAACGUUAUUCAGUAACGGUCCUUAUUUAUCCUUCUCAUUCAUGCGACGCUAUAUGAUCGAUAAGUUGCCUGAGCAGUUUAGGAGGGGAAUCGAGACAAGCAAGUUGUGGAAAGACUAACAAGAAAGAGGAGGACUAUCGGUCACAAACCGUUUGAGCCUUUACUUGCCUGAAAGAGUUAAUGAGGAUGCUCUUUUGGUUGUUAGGAUGGGAUAUUCAGAGGGCUCAAUGUCUCCAAUAUCUUGGGACUUGGAGAUCCUGAAGGGUUGGAUAAUACUUAGGUAUAAUAUGAAUUUACAUCGAGC